CGUGUGGUGUUGUGUUGGGGAUAACUUUGUGAUAUAAUGUCGUUAUUUGUGCCUCUGGAGUUGUUAGGGGGAAGGGAGGGCGUGGUCAGUGGCUGCCUUAUGAGUAUGAUUGAGAGAUGGGUCCGUAGAGUUCCCUUCCGGUGGCGCAGAUACCUCCUUUGGAUCAUACACGCCCUCGAACCUUACCUUUCUAUAGUAUUUGGCCGCCUCCAUAAGCUGUGUAAGAUGAUAGCAUGCAUGGCCUAUGAAGGGGCGCUGGGUGAGCCAGAGGACUUCCCAAAGACAGAUGAGCCCGUGUGGAUCUUAGGGAAGCAGUACUCCACUCACAAAGACUUGGAGGAGAUCCGGAAAGAUGUACAGUCCCGGAUAUGGCUGACAUACCGAAGGGGCUUUGUUCAGAUUGGGGACUCCGGCUACACCUCGGACAAAGGAUGGGGUUGCAUGCUGCGCUGUGGACAGAUGGUGCUGGCAGAGGCCCUACUCAGGAGACAUAUGGGCCGGGAGUGGACUUGGGCACCAGAGACCAAAGACGAAACAUACCUCAAGAUUCUGCACAUGUUUGAAGAUCACAAGCUGGCUACCUUCUCCCUGCACAUUAUCUCCCAGCUCGGGGUGGAUGAGGGCAAGCCUAUAGGGGAGUGGUAUGGCCCCAACACAGUGGCUCAGGUUCUCAGGAAACUGACGCCUUUUGAUGAAUGGAACAACUUCAGCGUCAAUGUGGCCAUGGACAACAUUGUCAUCAUGGACGAGAUCAGAUGCAGUUGUCAGACGGAGGGAGAUCGAACCUGGCGGCCACUCCUGCUCUUCAUUCCACUUCGCCUUGGACUUGCUGAGAUGAAUCCUCUUUACUUCUCCGGCAUCAAGAAAUACUUCAAAAUGCCUCAGUCACUUGGGCUGAUAGGAGGGAAGCCCAACCAUGCAUCGUACUUCAUUGGCUUCGUGGGUGAUGAGGUGGUGUACCUGGACCCACACACCACCCAGGAGGCUGGCACUGUGGGCAAGAAGAUGACAGAGGAAGAGGAGGACAUGGACAGAUCCCACCACUGUAACUUUGCCCAACGCAUGCCACUCGAGCACCUAGACCCCUCCCUGGCCCUGUGCUUUUACUGUGGCACGGAGAAGGAGUUUGAUGAUCUCUGCAACCGUAUCAGACAAGAGCUCAUUGAUGCAGAGAAGACUCCUCUGUUUGAACUGGUCCCCACACGGCCUGCCUACAUGCGGGAUGAUGCCACGGGGACAGGCGCCUCAGGCAUCAGCAUGGACUUGGAGGAUCACCGGCUGGACUCAGAAGAUGAUGAGGAGUUUGAGGUCCUGCAGUGAUGACGGACUCGAAGGUUGUAAGGUGGUGGUGGUGGUGGUGGUGUGGCUUCGACUCCCAUUGGUGGCGCUGUGGUGUCCCUCCUCUCUUGGGCCUUUCCUCAUAAAUCAUACUGUAUUUUUUAUAGAUACUCUUUCCUUCAUGCUGGGUCCAAAAAGAAGAGGCCGGUCUUUGAUAGAAAUAUACUACAGUGAGAAAUGUUUAUAGUAAUCUCAACAUUUUUUGUCUAUUUCACUGAGAUUUUGAGGUUUAUAUACAACAGUUUGAUGUCAGCUUGGUGUAGAGAUAUAGGCCGAUCCAUUGCAUGUUUAUUUUCUGGAUUCUAUUUUUACAACAGACAGUUUCAUUUGCCAUAGCCAUUCUGUCACUAGACACAUGAUUACCCUGGGUUACACACCUCAUCUGUCACUGGUAUCAAUACAGAGGUAAUGAAUUGUUGACUGGUGGUAACAAGAAAUACAGUUGGAAUUUUUUUUUUUAUUAUGUAAGAGGGGAUUAAUCUUGCCAAGGACAACAAAAACAAACAAAAAUGCCCACUUACUGUAUAUGCUGGAGUAUAAGACGACUUCUAAUUUUUGAGGGAAAAAUUUAGGUUUUAAGCUAUUACCGGUGUAUAAGACGACCCCCUUAAUGGUGGAGGGAGCCACUGCUCACAUGGUUGGCUGAAGGGCCCUGGGAAGUCAUAAUGUGGCUGUUCCCUCAUUACCACUAUUGCCAGUUUCGAAAUCCAGCCACUGUUUGUUUAUUAACCCAACAAUUAAUUAACUCAGACACAAGUACCAAAAAAUAUAAGGACUUAAAGGAAAUAAAAACCAAGUAUUUUUUGUUGCUUUUAUUUAACAAUAUAGGAAGGUGAUUUUUAAAACAUGCUUAAGAAAAUGUGGCUGGGUGCAUUGCUAUGUGACAUUCCACAGCUGUAGAGAGAGAAGCCUGCUCUGUCAUAUAUAUAUAUAUAUAUAUAUAUAUAUAUAUAUAUAUAUAUAUAUAUAUAUAUAUAUAUAUAUAUAUAUAUAUAUAUAUAUAUAUAUAUAUAUAUAUAUAUAUAUAUAUAUAUAUAUAUAUAUAUAUAUAUAUAUAUAUAUAUAUAAUGUACAUGCAUGUGUGGCUGCAGUAUGAAUUCCAAGGUACCGUGGCCCUUAAUGUUCACCAGGGGGUUAAAGGGUUGUGUUUUAUGUUCUGUAUAUAAGACAACCCCUUGAUUUAGGAGCCUAAAAAUUGGCAGAAAACUUGUCAUAUACUCCGGCAUAUACAGUAGAUACCAGUCCCUGAGCAAGUCCAAGAGAGGUAGCUGAGAAAAUGGGAUAAAUGCCUUGAAACCUCCCUCUUAAAUGAGUUCAUCUCAUAGGAAGAUAAAAAUACAGAAGUAGGCAGAGACUUUCUAGAAUGGUUAGGUUACAUUGAGUAGAGUGAAGAGUUUGUAGAGAGUAAAAUUGAAUGUUCUAAUAGGAAAUAAGAGCCAGUUAGAAGACAGAAUGAGGUAUUAGAUAGAGUGAUAUUUAGUGAGGCUUCAUGAUAAAGAGACUAGAAAGAAACUUUACUAGUCCCAAACAAGUAAAGAGUUCAUGAAGGAAAUUAAUAUUCUAAUAGGCGAAGAUUGAACAAAACAUUGGAGAGAUAGAAUAAUUCACAGCAAGGUACCAUGACUAAGAGAUUGUAAAGAAACCUCAUCAGUUCCAAAACCACUCAAUUCUGGGCAAGUUUUAUACAUUUGAUACCUGAUUCCAAGGUUUUCAGUUCACAUCUCACUCACUCAUCACUGCCCUCACCCAUUGCCAUGCUCCCUGUAGCUCAUGACUGCAUUUAUAACCACCAUCCACACCAGGCAUCUUGGAGACAGUUAAAGGGGACACUAGUGGGACAGCAGCAGCCCCUGGUGAUGGAGUUGAGGAUAAUUUUGUGUGGGAAUAGUGUAUAAUUGUAUUGGUGUCAGUGCUUGUGUGAGAGGAACUCCUAAGCUUGUGCAGCUGCUUCAAGAAGUGAUGUUAUAUUCCCUAAGAUAUUUCUGACUAAAAAUGUAGCAUCUAGCAACCACCUUUCCUUUGUUAGAAUAUAUUGAAAUGAGAGAAAAAAGCUGCAAGAAGCUAACAUAACUACACAUAGGUGUUUGUUUAUCUGAUCAGCAAACUUAUACACAUCAUUGCCUUUCUCAGCCUGCUCAGCUUUGGUGGAAAGGGACAGAAUAGAUGUAGCAUAGGUGGUCAAACUAUAUAUUCCCUGUUUCUUGUUUUUUUUUACAGAUCUUUUAAUAUAAAGCAGUUCAUCAGUCCAUUGGUAUAUUUCCAUUCAAUUUAUAUAAGCUUUAGUGGACUGACAUCACUUCUUGGAGUAACUGUAUUUUAAGCUAAUUUUAUUUUUCUCCAGUGCUGAGGUGAUGAAUGAACCCCAGAACUUUUUCAUGUGCUGUUGGGAAUUCCUGUGAGUUUAUGUGGUACACUUUUUUUCUUUUUUCCAUGUGUAAGUUAAUCUUCCAUUUCACGUCGUUUGGAUGUCAUAGUUUAGGCUGAUGAUGAUAAUGAUGUGUUACUACCUAUAGUUACUUGACAGGAGGUUCUAGGAGUAUAUGAAGUGUUGUUAUGCUUGCAGGUGUUCUUUAAAUUGGUUCUUAUAGCCGGAGCGUUACCACUGACCUGCCGCAGGGAUUGUACACACUGGACCUUUGUGUUGAGUUGUUGCUGUGUCAAGAAUGCAUGUCAGACACCACUGUCCUUGUGUUGCACAUUGGCAACACUUUGUUCUCUUGAGUAUAAAUGCUUCUUUAUCAUACACACACACACACACACACACACAUAUAUAGUUUGUUUUGAUUAGUCUGGCCACAUUUGUAUAUAUUUUGUACAAACUAUGUUGUCACUCAAAUUUUAUUAUACUAAAAAAGAGAAAUAAAAGUUUUAUUUGAAACUUGCAAGUAGAUAA